UCUUGCAAUGUGGGCGAUUUGUGCAAUCGUUUGUGGGUUGAUCACACUCGGCAGUGGACACACGUACAAAACCGGAGAAUGCCCUACCGUGGAACCGAUGAGUGGCUUCAACAUGCAGCAGUUCCUUGGCGUUUGGUACGUGAUCCAGAAGACGGGCACCGCUUCCAGUUGCGUCAUCUACAACGUCACCAAAACGGACGAACCGGGCGAGUACGACAUCGAACAGGUGUCCCAGCGGAAUCCCCUCUCGGUUGGACCACUCAAGCACGAGUACAGCUACACCGGAAAGCUGACCGUGACCGAUAAGGACGUCCCGGCACGGAUGACGGUUCGGUUCCCAUUGAGUGUGGCUGGCUCGGCGAAGUUUGUCGUGUUCAUGAGUGAUUACAACACAUUCGCUGGAGUGUAUUCGUGCCAGAAGAUUCCGUUCGGACACCGGCAGAGUGCAACCAUUCUGUCCAGGACUCGCGAAUUGGAUCGGAUCUAUGUUGAUAAGAUCCGCAACCGCUUGUCCAGCUUUUCGGUCGAUCCCUUUGACCUUAGCAUCAUCGACCAAACCGGGUGCCCGAAGGAGGGAGAAGCCGGCUUCAAUAUCCACAUCGACUCGAACACCUUCUCGACGAAAAACAUUGCCAACGUGUUCCGCAAGGCCGGCGAAAAGAUCGGCGAUGGGUUCGAGUAUGCCGUGAAUGCGGGCAAAAAGAUUUACCAUCAGUACACCGACUCGGGCAGCACAGAGCAAGGCUCACCGACAGCCAGUCCCUCCUCCGGUCACCGGGUGGAAAAACUCGUCAUGCCCCAGAAUCCCGAUGCCGAGUGGCUUCCGUAAUCCCAACAACAGGAAAUCCAACUCUGCCCCCACAGUAGUAACCCUUUGCUGCUCGAAUGUCGAAGGUCAACCGUGUUGCGUCGUUCCUUCCAAUAAUGGGCGGUCAGCGGUUGGUUGUGUCAAAAGACUAUACUAUCGAAUUUCCACUUAGGUUUAUUCGGAUUGAAACCUUGAAAUAAAUACCUGUGCUAAGUUGACUCGA